GUUUUCGUACAACAACAACAGAGGGAGCAGCAGCCUCAUUGUUCAGCUGGACGUGUUGUCUUCUCUCUCUUAAAGUCUGUCCGCAAAGACACUUUCUCAUCAGAGUUAAUUCAAACAAGGACUGUUUGGUUGUAUCCAGCUGCGACAUGUUUGCCACAGCUGCUCGAAACUUUGUGGAGGAGGUGGAUCAUGGAGGUUUGCUGAUCCCGGUGUCCUCCCUGAAUGACACUAUUAAUCUUCUGACAGUGGUGGUGAAGCGCAAGCGUUUCUGGAUGUGGCAGAGGCCCAAGUAUAUCCCCACGGAUUUCAACCUCAAUGAUCUACUUACAGAAGGCACACCUAUAACACCUGUUGUCAUAGAGACAGACUUCAUCAAAUACAACGGGACAUUUGGUGAUAACAUUCAGGGGUCCUUGGAUGCAAACAUUUUGGAUGGCCACAGUUUGAAACUGGAGGGUAAAGACUCUUCAAAACUCCAGUCAUCCUUUGGCAGCUUGAAGAAAGAGGAAGUGGACGUUCAGAAACUGCUGCGAGACUCCAGAGACAGGCUCUUGGACAUGUCCCAUAGUCUGGUACAUCAGACGAUGGAGAAGCGCAGGCAGGUGUUUGGAGUUGUAAAGGAGCGUAUUUCCACCACCCAGCCUUGCUCGGUCAUAGAGGAGGUGCAGCAGGGGGGGCAGUGUGGAGCAGGACUGAGCUUCUGUGGGCCCAUGAGCCCAAAGGUUUCAUUGAAGGAGAAUGGGAGCUUGAGUAAAGACAGUAACAUUACCAUGGAGAUUCCCAUCCAUACCACCAUCGCCUAUGCCCAAAUAGAGCUAGAAAUCAGACAUGAUGGACACUUUGAGCUGUGUCUGAUGUCGGACACCAAAGGAGGUUUUGAAGUGGAUGGCCUUGCUGGAGGAGCACAGUUGCUUGGUUCAGAAGUUCCUUUGAGCCCGUCGGAAAAUAACCACCUUAGAGAAGAGCUGGAGCGACUGAGCGAUCAUUUCAGCCUUCUAUCUGCUCUCCCGGCCCUCACAAGGUCCUCUCUGCUCCAGCACUUCCGUAAAGUCAUGGAACACAAAGAGGCUGUCAGUUCACUUCAGCGUGUGCUGGAACAGAAGUGCAAGGAUGAGAGACCUGCCCUGGAUGAGACUACAGCCUCAGAAUCAUAUAACCAGAACAUCCAAGCAAUCUUGGACCUUUUGGAGCAGCCAGAGUCAGCUCAGGCAAACCCACCCACAUCUGUCCUCAGUGCCCUUCACCUCAUUACCAGCGCCAUUGAUGAGAUGUCACAUGAAUGCCAUGCUAUCUUGGGGAUGUGCUGCAGUGUCACAUGGUUACCGGCUCUGGAGCGACUGGUACACUGUGUAUCAGGGAAUGGAGAGUUACCUUUGAGCAACGCAGAUGCAGCUGCACUAACAGACGACAUCUAUGAAAAGACUAGUUAUCUAUUUGCCUCCUCUGACGUUUCCCUGAAGAGAGAUGGGGACAAGAUGAAGACAGAAAUACACCAACAGCCAGGACACCGCCCUCUGGUUCUGUGUAUUGCUAUUAAAGGUCUUGCAUCGUUGGCCAAGGAAGGUUGAACUUAAGAUUCAAUUUUUCCACCAAAAACGGUACUACAUUGGAAAGAGGUAAAAGUCUUUUAUCAGUGUUUUGACUCAUUUUAGUAAACUAUAAAGUUCUCUAAAACCCUGUGCUGGUGCUGAAGUCAUCAGUAGAUUGAUUUCUUUUAGGGUUUGAAAUUUGGACUGUUUCUUAAUCAAAACAAGCAUUUUAAAGACAUCA